AUGUAUUCUAUACGUCCUUAUAAUUCAGAAACGAUUAAAGUUGAUUUACCUACAUCAAUGUAUUCCGUACAACCUAUAUCACAACAAAAUAAACAAUUAACGAAUGAUUCAGUAUUAAAAGAUAUUGAACAACGACAAGAUAUUUUACUUGAAAAACUUGAACAAUUAUAUAGUCAACUUGUUAUUUAUGAAAAAAAACAAAAUAAAUCAAUUGAUUUAUGUUCGGAACCUAUUCGUAAAGAAUUAGUUGUUCAUCUUUCAGCUAAACAACCAUCAAAAAAUAUACUUGAUCUAAUCGAAAAAUUUCGUGAUAAUUUAUCAAUACGAACAUAUCGUCAUUCAUCAUUACGUGAUAUUUCAGUCGAUAAUUAUAUUCAAAAUUUAUCUUCAACAAAUAAUCAAAAUAAAAAACAUUCAUUAGCAAUUAUUUGGUCUGAUGGUGAUAAUCUACCUUAUAUGUUUCAUUCACAAAUGAAAAUCAACGAUGAACAAUCAAUUAUUAAUUUACUCGCUCAUCAAUUAACAAAAAAUGACUGA